GGGGGCUGACUCUGAUUGGCUCCAUGGCUGUUUGAGUAACUAACAACACUCCUGCCCCCCAGGCAGGGGGUGGAGGAAGAGGGAGGAGUAGAGAGAGAGGGGAGAGGAGAGAGAGGAGGAGGGACUAGGGAGAGCUACUUUGGCCUCACUGUGCCGGGCAGUCGCUAACCUAUGUGAGACUGAGCCCUGAAGUGUGUGUUGUGUUGUUGUUGUUGUGUUGCCUCGCUGGGACUUGAGAUUGACAGAAAUGGAUUUUCUCCUGGAUUCUGGCUAACAUUUGAUGGAUUCUACACUCUCCUCUGCCCUGAAGCCAAACCCAACAGGAACUACCACACCAUCCCGGAUCUGAGAACAGGAGGGGGACACACACCACACGGAGCCUGGAGCCCAUUGCCAUGGCGAUGACAGCCCUGUUCAGGGGCAAGUGGGGACAGAAGUCGCAGGAGCCACCUGAGAAGCAGCCCGCAGCAUCGGUGCACUCCACCAACCACGAGGAAGAAGAGGAGGAUGACAGGGUCAUCGCCCCUAUCCGCAGGAACUCCCGCUUCUACCGUUCCAUGAGGAAGAAGAGGCUGGCCGCGUCAGAACAACUUGAAAGCCCUGCAGUCUCUCUGAGGCCUGGUCCAGAGCCCAGCCCAGGCAGCAGGUCAAGCAGCAGCUCCCUCUGUGUCCCUGAUCUCCAGAAACCUUCGCAAUCUCCCCGGGCACAGCGUACACCAACCUCUCCACACCAACUCCAUUCCGGAACUGCGUUGCCGAGCAACGGGGAGCUCAGGAGCCCACACACACUUACUAGCGCGGCCUCUUCCCCUCUUUGGACUAGGAGAGGAGGAGGAGGGGGAGGAGGAGGGAGGAAGGGUGCAGAUGCUCCUCCAGCUAGUGGUCAGUGUGGAGGGGGCUCCACUUCCUCCUCCUCUGUUUCUAGCUCUGGGUUGUACCGGACACACGACAUGCACACACACACUGAAGACAUGGAGAGCCUCUCAGAACGCACUGCAACCGCCUGCUCUGUACGGGAGCCCGGAGGGGGGACACAGUCACCGCAACCAGCGGAGGAGGAAGUCAAUGAAGAGGGCGUCAAACUCAGGUUGGUGAGCAACAGGGAAAGAGCGAGCUCAACACCAUUGAAAGUAGAACCUAUCUGCUACAGUCUCAACAUUGUCAAGAACGUUGCCUUCCUGUACCAGGAGUACCGGGACACAUCCAAGCAGCAGGAAAUCGAGCAGCGACGGCAGCAGGAUGGGUUGACGUCGGAGGUCAGCGCGGGGUUAGGGGUGACGUCCCCACCGGCUCUGCAGCUGCAGCUGAGGAACAACUCUCGCUCUCUGAGUCUGUGGCAGAACCUGGAGGUCGUGCAGCAGAGCGGCCUGCUCACCCGGCUAACGCAGAGAGAGGUCAUCAUACAAGAGGCCAUGUUUGAGCUGGUGACCUCAGAGGCAUCCUACUACAAGAGUCUGGAGGUGCUGGAGACCCACUUCCUGAAGAACCCUAGGCUGGUCAACACACUCAGCCAAUCAGACAUGCACUUCCUGUUCUCCAACAUUGAGGAGGUGAUGAAGGCCAGUGAAAGGUUCCUGAUGGACCUGGAGAACCGCAUCGAACAGUCCCUCCAGAUCUCAGACGUGUGUGACAUCGUCCACGAACACGCCGUCAAGCACUUCCACGUCUUUAUCACCUACGUCAUCAACCAGGUGUAUCAGGAGAAGAACUACCGGCGCAUUCUACAGGGAAACCAGUCAUUCCGUGAGGCCAUGGCUAAGCUGGAGAACCAGCCGCAUGUCCGAGGCCUCUCCUUCACCUCCUUCCUCAUCCUCCCCUUCCAGAGGAUCACACGACUCAAAAUGCUGGUCCAGAACAUUCUAAAGAGGGCAGAGGAGAAUUCAGAUAUGGAGGCCAAUGCCAUCAAGGCUCACCAUCAGCUGGAGCAGAUUGUGAAGGAGUGCAACGAGGGUGUGAGGAAGAUGAGUCGUACAGAGGAACUCAUCAGCAUUGAGAAAACACUGGAGUUCAAGUCCAAGUCGGUGCCGGUGAUCUCCCACUCCCGCUGGCUGCUGAAGAAGGGUGAGGUGCAGCAGAUGGCCGGGCCAAAGAGCACUAGGACCAUGCGGAGCAAGAAGCUCCACCACCCUGUCUACCUGUUCCUCUUCAACAACCUGCUGCUCAUCACCAAGCGCAGCUCCAGUGGUGAGAAGUUCCAGGUGCUGGACUCGUGCACGCGGGCCAUGCUGAGGACUGAGGACAUGGAAGACCAGGGUCAGAUGCUGGCUAAUGUGUUCAACCUGAAACUUCUGGAGAACCAGGAGGAGAGGCAUGUUAGCUACAUGCUCAAGACCUCCAGCAUGAGUGACAAGCUGCGCUGGAUAUGUGCUCUCACGCCAAACCGCCGCACGCGAUUCAUGUCCACCAGCGCCCACCAACCAGCCUCUCCUCAGGUCCAGUGUAUUCAGUCGUAUUCGUCUCAGGAGCCAGAUGAGCUGUCCAUUGAGAUGGCUGACGUGUUGAACAUCCUGGAGAGGACAGAUGACGGCUGGAUGAUGGGUGAGAGGCUCCAUGAUGGAGAGAAGGGCUGGUUCCCUUGUCGGGUAGUAGAGGAGAUCAAGAACCAGGAAGUGCGGGCCCAGAACCUCAGGGAGUGCCAGAGGAUCCACCUGGCCCAGGAAGGGGGCGCUUCCUCAGGGUCCAGGCUGGGCUCCAGGGGUGGCAGACGCACCCCCAAAACCCCCAAAGUCUCAAAUUUCUUCGGUACCUGGACUGACCAUUCAGAGGAGGAACAGUGAAGCACAUGAUAUUCCACACUGAAAGUGAUUGGUUGGAACCCCCUGGCAUCGAUUUUUACUGGACCACAUGGAUCAAAUGACAGAGAUCAUGUGAUUUGAGCAUGGGAUUGCAUUGGAAGAAAGUGACAUCAUGCAAUGACAUUAUCCUAUUAACUGUUUCCCUUUCUCAAGUGGUUUUGGUGUGCCAGGGUUUAGGGUCCCAGGCUCCAGGGUUUAGGGUCCCAGGCUCCAAUGUUUAGGGUCCCAGGCUCCAGGGUCCCAACCCCCAGGGUCCCAGGCCCCAGGGUUUAGGGUCCCAGGCUCCCCUGAUGGGUCCUACGAUCAGAGCACUUCUUCCAUAACUCCAACACACUGCAUGUCUUACAGUACUUCCAGUGGAAUGAUUCAGGACUACCAGUCUAACUAAAACAAGGCUCCGGUGGAACAGGAGCUAUUGCAUGUGAUGGGAGAAGAUGAUAACCACAGAAACAGUUCUCAAGGGGAUGGUAACAUGUGAAUAUAUCGUAACCUUGCCUCAACUGCAUGGGCCAAUUUUGUUCUUAAUUUUCUAAAAGCGCUUCUGUGCUACAGAUUUAAUUACCCCAGAACAACGGCUUGACGAUCCACCCUUUUGUAAAGAGCAACUCCUCUAUUGAAACCAUACAAGAAGCACGGUUUAAAAUUCACCCACUAGCACUGAAUGGAAAUUAACCGUGAAUGUUUCAUGAUUCUGUACAGUAAAUAGAACAAUCACAUGACAGAGUGCUCAGUAUUGGGCAGGAAGUAAUUGACUGGAGAAGACGAGCCCUACAGAAUCACAGGCCUUGCUUAAUCAAGGCCAAUACUGAUAUGCCACUUACACAUGCACACUGACAUUCACGCGCACACACACACACUUGGGGAAAUCUAGCACAACUUCUCCAAAUUGAAAAACCCUCCACAGACACCUGGUCCUGAAGCAUCUGCACAGAAUGUGCCAACACACCGACAGCACUGGAAUGGCAUGCGAGUGACAAAACAUGUGGGUGUAUGAUGAGUAUGUGUAUGUCUGCAUACUGUAUGCCUUGAAUGUUCAAUAUACAAUUAAAUAAUUACUGAAACAUUGUGUAAUUUAAUUAUGUAAGAAGUAAUUUAUUGUUAAUAAAAUCUAAAUCUGAUAUUCAAAUGGA